AUGUCAUCAGUUAAAAUAAAGAUCAAUAAUCUGACUGAAUUAGAAAAGUUUGCUAAAUCACUUUUACCUUAUUUGCAACCCAACGCUUAUUUAAUUCUACAAGGUGAAUUAGGAGUUGGCAAAACUACCUUAACUCAACUAAUAGCCAAAAACUUAGGAAUUAAAGAAAAAAUAACUUCUCCUACCUUUACUAUUUUACAAAGGCACCAAAUAAAAGAUAAUUAUUAUUUAAAUCAUUUUGACUUUUUUCGUUUAAAUACUAGUGAUAAUUUAGAGAUUUUUCAAGAAUUAACCAUUGAUAAUUUAAAUAUUAUUGAAUGA